AUGUCCAAUUGUACAGACGUUACCCCGGACUGCCCUGUAUCAGGGUCUAUCUAUGGCUAUGCCCCCAAUAUCGCAGCAAGUUAUGCAUUCGCUAUCAUCUUCGGACUCUGCGCUUUGGUGCAACUCGUCCAGAUGGUCAAAUGGCGCAUGUGGUCCUUUGGUAUCGCCGUUAUCCUCGGAGCCGUUUCUGAAGUCAUCGGCUACAUUGGCCGCAUAAUGCUCCACAAAAACGCCUACUCGGACGCUGGCUUCGAAACGCAAAUCUGCACAUUGACCAUGGCCCCGGCCUUCUGGUCUGCAGCCAUAUACCUGACACUGAAACACGAAGUGAACGUCCUAGGAGCCAAAUUCUCACCCCUGAAAGCAAAAUGGUACCCCUAUAUCUUCGUGACAUGCGAUCUUAUCUCGCUCUCCCUGCAAGGUGCCGGUGGUGGUCUCGCCGCUACUGCUAAGACCAACCAUGGCAGUGCGGUUGGAAGUAACGUUAUGAUGGCUGGAAUCGUUUGGCAGGUUGCCACACUUACAGUUUUCGGUACUCUUUCGGUACUAUUCUUCCUUCGGGUCAGGAGUACUCCCAAGUAUCAACUUUCUGCAGAGGCUCAGAAGGUUUGGGAGAGUCGGCGGUUUUGGUUUUUCUAUGUUGGGAUUGUGGUUUCGUUUGUGACUACUUUUGCUCGUUGUGUGUAUCGUAUUGCGGAGAUGGCUGGAGGUUGGAGGAACAAGAUUAUGCAAGAUGAAGUCGGUUUCAUCAUUUUCGAGUCUGCGAUGUGUGCCGUCGCCGUGGUCGUCCUGUGUAUCGCACACCCAGGGUACUGCUUUGAGCAGAUGCGCGGAGACUCACCCAAGUCGACUGUUGAGGAUUCCGUUCUGCUCGAGCAAAAGACCGAGUACACUCACAGCAGCCAGAGUAUGGCAUAG